UUUAAAAAUCUCGAUUGCGGUAGGGACAAUUUUAGUAAAUAAUAGGAAGAACAAGGAAGAAGACCAUAUCUUUGCUGUGGCUGAUUUUGACACGUCAUGAGUGGAUGUCCUUACUUUGAGAAGAGGCAUUUGUUAUUCAAAAACAAGCCUCCCCAGACAGAGGAAGAGGAGGAUGCCUCUCAGGCUGGGGUUAACAAGGCCAGUAAAGGAGGAAUCAUCUAUGGAGACUACCUGCAGCUCGACAAAAUAGUCUCAGCCCAGGUGUUGCAGAGUGAAUUGAAGGGUAAUAAGAUCCAUGAUGAACACCUCUUCAUUGUCACCCAUCAAGCCUAUGAACUGUGGUUCAAACAGAUUUUGUUUGAACUUGAUUCAGUGCGUCAUAUCUUCAUCAGUGGACAUGUCAGAGAUGAACGCAAUAUGCUCAAAGUCAACACUCGCAUCCACAGGAUUGUGAUGAUCUUCAGACUGCUGGUCGACCAGUUUGCAGUUUUGGAGACAAUGACAGCGUUGGACUUUUUUGACUUCAGGGAAUACCUGGCCCCAGCCUCCGGAUUCCAAAGCCUUCAGUUUCGGGUCUUGGAGAACAAAAUCGGGGUCCCGGACAACCUGAGGGUUCCAUACAACAGACGUCACUACAGGGACAAUUUCAAGGGUCAUGAAAGUGAGAUGCUGCUCGCCACUGAACAGGAGCCAACACUCCUAAAACUUGUCGAGGAGUGGCUGGAGAGAACUCCUGGCUUGGAGGCGGAUGGAUUCAAUUUCUGGGAAAGGCUGGAAAUCAAUAUAUUUGAUGGGCUGAAUCAGGAGAAGGAGAAAAUCGAGACAAUGGCAGAUUCUGAGGAGAAGGAGGAAAUGAUGGAAGAGCUGGUCAAACAGAAGGAGCUGUUCACUUCUCUGUUUGAUGAAAAGCGUCACGACCACCUACUCAGCAAAGGUGAAAGGCGUAUCUCUUACAAGGCUCUCCAAGGUGCCCUGAUGAUCUACUUCUACAGGGAAGAGCCGAGGUUCCAGGUUCCCUUCCAGCUCCUCACAUCCCUCAUGGAUAUUGACACCCUCAUGACGAAAUGGCGAUACAAUCACGUAUGCAUGGUGCAUCGUAUGAUUGGCAGCAAAGCCGGCACAGGGGGUUCAUCUGGCUACCACUACCUGAGAUCUACUGUCAGUGACCGCUACAAAGUGUUUGUGGAUCUGUUCAAUCUGGCAACAUUCCUGAUACCUCGCCACUGGGUGCCCAAGCUAAAUCCCAACGUUCAUACGUUCCUCUACAUGGCUGAGUGUUGCGACAGCUCCUACUGCAGCAGUGAAGACUCAGACUAG